CCAUUGGCUCCGAUUUUGUAUUCUUACAAGAGUAAUGAUAGGCUUUCUGAAGAUCUCGCAGAUUUCAUUGUCCAGGCACAAGAUGAUGCUCUAGCUCGUCAUCAGAAGUUUGUUGUGGCUUUAUCGGGCGGGAGCUUGCCUAAGCUGAUGGCUUCUGGUUUACUCAACAAGACUGGGGUCAAAUGGGAAACAUGGAAAGUAUUCUUUGCAGAUGAACGAGUGGUUCCACUUGAUCAUCCAGACUCCAAUUUUGCAGCUUGUAUGGAUACUCUCUUUUCGAAAGUCCCCAUCGAGCGAAGUCAGAUUACUACUAUCAUGGGACUUCCACCUGAUGGUAUGGACUUGGACGAAAUAUCACCGGACAUUGCUUCGAUUUAUGAAGCUCAAAUACUUGACGAAAUCCGCCCUGAGCCGGAUCAUCCACGUUUUGACUUGAUCCUCCUUGGUAUGGGUGAUGACGGACAUACAUGCUCUUUAUUCCCGCAUCAUCCCCUCCUAGACUCUAAUACCAUCGUUACGUGGCUUAACGAUAGUCCCAAGCUUCCGCCCCAUCGAAUCACUCUCAGUCUUCCCGUACUCAAUUGUGCUCAUAAGCUAGCUUUUGUCUGCACAGGGUCCGGUAAACAAAAAAUGCUUGCUGAUGUACUCACACAGAAACCUUCGCCGUCUCAACCAGCUAGCCUGGUGAAACUCGCAGAUGGUCCGGUAUCAUGGUUUGUGGAUACAGCUGCCGCGAACGGUGGAAGUUAUCCACAAGCCUUUUACAAG